UGCGAUCAUAAACACUACAGACAGAGUAAAAAAUACACAAGGUUUCGCUUUAUGCCAAUUGAAUGAGUGAGCAUGCAAUGUUUGUGUUUGUAUACACUGGUUUGGUAUACACUCUACAACACUUCCUGCUUAUUGGAAGGUUCGAAAGGCGACAGCGUUGUGUUGUUGUGUGUAAGGUAUGAAUGCGGAAAUAAUAAAGUGUUCUUGACUGUUGGUUCACAUUAGAAAUAAAUGAGUUUUUUUUGCAGACUCAUUCACAGCAACAAUCGUCACAGUUAGUUGACAACAGCCUCUGCACAUGUGCACCUGUGACUUGUCCCUUCCUCAUUGUUUAAUCAAAGUUGUGGACGGGCUGAUUAUCAGUUAUUUCCUUUAUGGUGUGAAGAGCCUCUUUGAUGUCUCACUAAAAGAAACUAGUACAUCCCACUUUUCAUAGCUCCAUGAUCACAUCUGCAGCACCAACCAUAAAGUAAAACUCAACCAUAAUCAUGGAGGUUCUGAGCCAGAGAAGAUUGAUCAACUUCAUCAGUAUCUGUCUUGCGUUGUUAGUGAUCUUGUCAACUACUGAUGCACGAAGAUACAGUAGAAGGGCACGUCCAAGUCACGGAGACGCUGGAAAAACAAAUCCACAUCGACCAACAGCGUUAAACCAGCCUUGGGUGAUUCUCCUUAUCGCCGGUGGGGGCGUCCUUGUCCUCGUGUGCUGUUUUCUGCACUGCCUCCGCUGCAUCCACCAUAUGGUGUCCACACAUGAGAAAAAGAACGCCAGACGCAGGCGCACUGAAGACGGCGAGAACGAGAACCAACAAGAUGUGGACGAUGAGUUUGACCAAUCAGAACUCUGCCAGCCGCCACCUUAUGCUGACAUCAUCAGUGACGUCAUGAUACCGCCACCACCGUACUCAGCUGUUUAUGUAGGUGGGGCUGCCUGGGAUGCGCCACCCCCAUCCGAUGAUGCGGAACUCAAAGACUAAUGAAUUUAUAUCACAAUUUUUGUCGUACCCAAAAUCAUACUAUACUCAGUAUUUCAACUUGAUUUCAUUUAAUGUUAAUGACAUUGUUAUCGAAUAGCAAGAUGAACACAAUCCUGUUACGUCACAGGCAAACCGCGUGACGUAUUGACCGAUUAGAAGCCGGUCCAUCCUUAUCACAGUCAUAAACACAAUACUUCGCCCCAAUACGAUACAUUACUCAAAUAACAAUCCAAAAUACACAAGUUUGCGGUAAGCCUGCCGAGCGACUUUGCACGACUUUUUAAUCAAAAUUUCCGUUCCAAAAAACAAUAUUAUCCACAAAAUAAAAUUCCAAAACAGUUAACUACUCCAGAGCUGCCAAAAACUCGAAUGUUUUACUUUUUGCAGUAUCGCUUUUCCUGAUACAGAUGACAACUACGGUCCGAGAUUCAAAAACCAUGCUGAUGUUUACAUUGGUUUACGCCUCUUGCGUGGUUUUUAAUUAAAAUAAAUAACAUCUUGUGAAAACAAAAGACGUGCUAUUUGUCUGCAGUGCAAGUGCUGUUUGUUUACUAGGAACAUUAGUUUUGUAUUUUUGUCGGGAGGGAAGGGGGGCGUACAUGCCACAUAUAUUGGGCAUGGUGGUUUAACUAAAUAAUAAUUUUAACCAUGUAAUCAAUCAGAACAAAACUUGUGUAAAAAUAUUAAUAAUAAUAAUUAUGUAAAUUUGAUAAAAAAUACAUAUUAUGAUGUCCAAAUAACAAUGCUCCGUUCCCUUUCUUGAAUCCGUAAACCAAGCCUAAGACACCCAUUUAAUUCACCAUUUACCGAAAUAUCAGUCAUUUAUCUCGGCACCCAUGCCUAAAAAAGGUAGGUAUAAAACAAUUGGUUUAAAAUCUGUGAUCGCGGGUUUUUUGUUUCAUUUUUUUCCCUACCUGCUGAGUGAAAGUGAAAUUGCUUGAAACAGCGCCCCCUUGCGGGAGGAAUAACUGUGAAAUAAACGCGACCAACGUAACGGUAUAUGUUUAGUUGGGCACCUUGACUCCAUAUAAUGGCUUCCUACGCCAGUCUACAGGCGUGACACGUACACAUACUUUCCAGUUCAGCUGUUCAAUCUUCACCCUGAUCUAGAUCUUCCUCUGACUACUGAGCGAAUAAAAUUCCACCAACCGCACACUAACUAAGUGAAAAGCCUGGAAGAUUUGACACGGACAGUCUUGACUAAAUAGUAAAUACAACAAGUAGAUUGUGUCAGUCAGUGUAACUAUAUUUAGGAUAGAGAACACUUUAAGAUGGGUGAUACCGCCAAGUAUGUCUUGAUAACUGGGGGUGCGGGAUACAUCGGAAGUCAUACUGUUCUAGAAAUGUUGAAAGAGGACUAUAACAUCAUCGUUGUCGACAACUUCUCAAAUGCAGCCAAAGGAAAAAACUCUCUACCUGAGAGCCUGCAUAGAGUCCAGCAAAUCCUGGGUGGAGAGAAGAAAAUACUGGUAUAUCAGAUUGAUCUGUUGGAUGUUGAAGACCUUAGAAAUGUCUUCUUGAAGCACCAGAUAGUGUCAGUCAUCCAUUUUGCUGCAUUGAAGGCUGUUGGAGAGUCUGUUGAACAACCUCUAGAUUACUACAGAGUUAAUGUUGGUGGAACGCUCAACUUGUUAAAUCUCAUGAAACAAUUUAAGGUAAAGAACUUUGUCUACUCGAGCUCGGCAACAGUUUAUGGUUCUCCAGAGAAGUUACCUCUUGAUGAAGACCAACCUGUCGGUGGCUCCAUCACAAAUCCUUACGGGAGGAGUAAGUUUUUCAUGGAGCAGAUUCUGAUUGAUCUGUGUAACUCGUCAAAGGACUGGAAUAUAGUAAUUUUGCGUUAUUUCAACCCGGUUGGUGCCCAUGAAUCAGGAGUGAUAGGCGAGGAUCCAACAGGAACCCCAUGCAAUCUCAUGCCAUAUGUCGCCCAAGUUGCUGUCGGUAAGAGAGAUGAACUAAAGGUUUUCGGAGGUGACUACGAUACCCCUGAUGGAACAGGAGUUCGAGACUACAUCCAUGUCGUGGACCUUGCUCUUGGGCAUAUUGCAGCACUGAAAAAACUCAAUCAAGAAUGUGGUCUCAAGAUUUACAACCUUGGAUCUGGAAUCGGCUAUUCAGUACUGGACAUUGUAAAGGCUCUUGAGAAGGCAUCUGGGAAAGAGAUCAAGUACAAGGUCGUUGAUCGACGAGGAGGUGAUGUAGGGGCUUGUUACUCUGACCCUACCAAGGCAGAGAAGGAACUGGGAUGGAAAGCUGUCAGAAACAUGGACAAAAUCUGUGAGGACCAGUGGCGUUGGCAGUCCAACAAUCCCAAUGGUUAUUCUUCUUGAUGAUUGGUCGCUGCUGAGAUGAUGUAAUGGUUUCCAUGACAACUUUUUUACCUUCACUUAUAGUCAUGUAAGAACAUUCCGGAUUUUGUCCCAACAGAAAUUUUAAAAAUGGUUUCGAAAAUAGUUUAGUAUUCUCAGUGUGCUAAUUCUCUUUUUAAAUUCAGUAAGAGAGUCUUGUAUGUAAUUUAGAGACCUUGGAGAUCUUUGACUUCAUUGCUACACACGCUUGGGUGCGGUAUAUUAGGGUUACAAUAACAAAUUGUAUCUGCAACUGCACUUGGCUUUUAUAAACCCUUGGGUCUCAGAAUUCAUAACUUCAAUAACUUAUCUUUUGGAAAGUUUGUAUAAACUCAGCGCCU